GAGUGUUGAAUUAAUUUCCUUAACACAAAACCCUUGCCCUUAAACCCUACAUUCCGUCUCCGUCGUCUUCUCAUCGGAGAUGGCGAUUAUGAGAAUCAUUACACGUUUAAUCCUCCGGAAACCGUCGCCAUCUCCUCUUCCACGGUCGCUGUCGACGGCCGCGCAGCAACCAAGACCUCGAAACACUAUUUUCUAUAAAGUGGUCGGCGCCAAAUCCAGUGUGGCGGACGCUAUGAACGAAUGGGUUGGUAGCGGAAAAAUAGUGAGGAGAGCCGAUAUUAUCAACAUCAGCAGCUACUUUCGCUCUCGGAAGAACUACCGAGCUGCACUACAGUUGUACGAGUGGAUGGAAACCAGCAAUAUUGCGCCGACCGCAGCUGAUCAAGCUAUACACAUUGACCUCCUUGGAAAGACUGAGGGUGUAGCUUCGGCGGAAAAAUACUUUGAUAGUCUCUCAGAGAAAACUAAUAAAACAUAUGGAGCACUUCUCAGCUGUUAUUGCAGGGAGAGGGUUUUGGACAAGGCUUUGGAGACCUUUGAGAAGAUCAAGGAAUUGAAUCACGUGAGCGUGCUAGAUUUCAACAAUGUGCUUUCACUUUACUAUAACUUGGAGAAGCCUGAGAAGGUUGUCUCUCUAGUGGAAGAAAUGGACGAGAAGAAUACCGGUCCAGACAUUUAUACUUACAACAUGUUGAUCAAUAGUCAUGCUGCUCUGAAGAAUUUAGAUGCUAUUGAUGGAGUUUUGGAUAAAAUGGAAAGUUCUAAUGUCAAACCCGAUGUGUUUACAUACGGAAAUCUGGCUACCAUAUAUUUCAAUGCAGGGCUGCACUACAAGGCUAGUGCUUGCCUUGAACUGAUGGAGAAGAUGGAAGUUAAGAAAAAUACUGGUAGGGAAGCUUGUCGUACCCGCUUGAGGUUGUACUCUUUGAUGAAUGAUCUGCCUGGGGUUAAUCGAGCAUGGGAGGCUCUGAAGUUGGACGAACCAAAACCAUCUAACACUAGUUAUCUUUUCAUGCUUUUGGCUCUUUCAAAAUUGGGGAAUCAGGAAAACCUUGAGAAGAUCUUUAAAGAGUGGGAAGAAGGCUGCACCUUGUAUGAUUACCGGUUGCCAAAUGUGGUGCUGGAAUAUUACAUCUCUAGGAACAUGGUUGAAGAAGCUACCUUGCUCUACAAAAGAUUGGCAGAAGGGUUGACAGGCAGAGGGUCGGCUCCAAAUUUGAAGACGAUGGAGCUGUUUGCAUCUCUUUGCUUAAAGAACUCUGAGAUAGAUUUGGCUCUUGAGUAUUUGGAUAAUGGAUUAGAAAGGGCGAAAUCGCGGGACAGUAAGUGGUUUCCCAAUAAUGACACUGUUGAAAAAUUUAUCAGUUAUUUUGAGGAGAAGAGUGAUACAGAGAGAGGUGUGAAGUUCAUCGAGAGCAUGAAGAAGCACAACCGUCUGAGCUCUGAAUCUUUGCUUUCGUACAUCAAAGCUAGUGAAGCGGGAAGCUAAGCACGUUUCAAAUUUCUUGCAUUUUAGUGGAUGUUGCAGUGGGUUAUUUUGUUGUUUAUUUCUUGCUUCAUUUCUUUUGUGCUGCAGUUGAACUUAUUUAUUGAGAUUAUGUAACCCUGCUAUAUUAACAAAUAGUGCCUUGGAAAAGGAUGUCUUUUGCAUAAAA